AUGACUGAUCAGGGUUGGGUGUUGGUGCUGCUUACGGCAGUGACCACUAUCGCCGGCUGUCUAGUGGUGUACACAGACACUGUGUAUCGUGUGUUGUUCCCCAGACUUUACGAGAAGCAUCCAUUUAACAUUCAGAAAAAUACACCCUUCCUCGUGGCCACAUUGUCACUGAGUUCCGGUAGCUUACUAUUCACCUCGCUCAACAGACUGCUUCCUGAAGCAGAUAAAUACUUGGAAAAGCUCAAAUCUGUUGAAGGAAAGCCAGAAUUGCGCAAGGCCCUGCUGGUUACCUUCUUCUUCAUAGGUAUCUUCUGUUGCACCUUGCUCAAUCUGGCGAUCCACUUUUUCACCAACGAGAGCAUCGUCCAUUGCGUUCAUGACGACGAGUAUGGCCGUUCAGAUUCGGAGACGUCCGAUUUGGAGUCCGCCUCAGAGGAAAGUCCUUUGCUGAAUCAUGGACAUAAACCUCACGACUACCUUUCACAUAAUGCUCACAAUCAAUCUUCAGUCGGCGCAGAUGCCCAGCGAGAUUACGCAACAGUCCCUAAAAAGAUGUCCCUAGUGGACCUAUCGUUGAAAACCCUGAAGGGUGCCGAAGUCCAGGGUGAGUGUUUGGGCACGAUAGAUUCUUGUCAAGAAGAACUUAUUGCACGCCAUCAUCUACAUGCUGGCAGAAAAUUGUCCCAUAACGAGUUACACUUCUGCACCUUACCGAGCGAAGAGAAUCUCAUGUUUUUCGACAAGGACAAAGAACUCAUUGUCAACAAGAGUGAGAUUUGCUCAAAAUUCCCAGAGUUGGAAGUUAAUUCCCCUUUGCUGGUCAAUGUCCACGACAGCCCAUCGAUUCAUAGACAUAAUGAUCGCUUCCAGCUUGGCCAUUCCAAAAAUAGUGAGGAACACCGCGGCCAUGAACAUAUACACAACUCUGACUCACGUUCGCUUGAACACCAUCAUCACCACAUUCAAACGCCCUUGUCUCGUCUGCUUUCCAUUGGACUGCAGACGGUUCUUGCAAUCACCAUUCAUAAACUUCCAGAAGGGUUCAUUAUGUAUUCUACAGCCCAGGCAGAUCCUAGCCUGGGACUUUCAAUAUUUCUCUCGAUGUUCAUCCACAACAUAGUGGAAGGAUUUACAAUGACGCUACCGCUUUCCAUUGCGCUGAACAGCAAGACGCGUGCAUUUUUCAUAUCAAGCAUACUAGGAGCUAGCGCUCAGCCUAUAGGAGCAGUGCUGGGAUGGAUAAUAUUCAGAGGAAAUCUCGAUUUGGAUCAGGACAUUAAUUUGCUACUAUUUGGCUCUUUGAUAGCAGUGACAUCUGGGUUCCUCACAUACGUUGGUGUUCAGAUGAUAACAAGUGCUGUUGGAUUUGGAGGAAAGCAGGAGAGGGUGCUAGGGUUUGCCUUCAUUGGCAUGUUUUUGAUUUGUCUUAGUAAUAUCCUAAUUAACAAGGAUUAA